UGACAACUUCCAGGUACAUUACCUACACCAAAAUAUCGAGAAUCCACGACUUUCACUUUACGAUUUUCCACCACCUUCGUUCAAUUCCCAGCAUAUUACAAAUCCGGAGGGAAACUUAACACAUUGAAAGCGGGGGUUUCCCCUUCUUUUGCCUUUUAGCGAAGAAGACGUCAAUUCGCAUGUGUAAUGAAAAUCAACGGUCGCUUAAUUUCAAUGGAUCUUCUUACUCGAUAAGACACGAUGGGAAACGUAACGACACUCCCCCGAUUUGAAGGACAGCGAAGCCCGAAAUCCGAUAAACAAUGGAGAACGUACCUCCAAUCCAAACACAAAGCCAAGCAGCUAAUACGCCAUCACCGGAUAUAACGGCAGGGGGCCGCAAAAGAAGUGGUUCUGGAGGUAGCAUAUUGUCUAAGUUUCCUUUCUUGCGCACUUCCGAUAGCAAAGCGAGCCUAAACGAAUCGCGACAUGCAGAUGCAAAUCAAGAUCCUUCGAGUCGACCGCCUCGAGCACUCGCCGCUAUUUCCCAACAACAGAAGACUAGGAAGCGAAAGGGGUCGUUGCGGAAAGUUGCCCUCCUGGGCCGGGGCGCGGCACGAGAGAGGCGGGAGAUGAAGCCUCUAGCUAUUGAUACGUCCGUAGCUUUACAACCUGCCGUCGAUCCGGUAACGACUCCUAAGCCGCAACCGAUGGCGGCCGACGAGGGCUAUGGCCUGGGGAUCUCGGACGUAACCCCCCGACCCUCUAUGGAUGGUUAUGCUAGGAGAGAUGCUGCCCCGGUUUCGUCAUUGCAGGCCUUCGAGAGCGAGUCGCAAAUGACGAGUCCGACGAUCUCAUAUACAUCUACAACGGACGAGGAGGAUGCUCUUUCAUUACCUAUCCGAGCUCCCUCUCCCCUUCGUCCCGAGCUCUCUUCAUUAUCCUCCGGCUCGGAUUCUUACUUCCCGAAUCGUGGAUCAAAUGGCUCUAUACAGCGGCGACGUUCGGUCAAACAUGCCAAGUCGCCGCUAUCACUCCAGGGCUUGACAGCUAGCCCACUUCCCGCGGCGCACGAGGAUCACGACUACAGCGAGACUGAGUGGUGGGGAUGGGUUGUUCUAACAGUAACGUGGUUCGUGUUCGUAAUAGGAAUGGGAUCCUGUCUAAAUGUCUGGAGCUGGGCCUGGGAUGUAGGAACGACGCCGUAUGCACCCCCGGAGCUCGAGGAUGACCCGACAUUACCGAUAAUCGGGUAUUACCCAGCAUUGAUUAUAUUGACCUGUAUUAUGGCCUGGGUCUGGGUUGUUGUGGCCUGGGUCGGUAUGAAGUACUUUAAGCAUGCGAAAAUUAGCAGCGAUUGAGCGACAUAGCCGGGGUUUAGAAACCCUUUUGGCCUUUUGGUUAAUAAUAUGAAGUGAAUAACCAAAUAAAUAAACUGAGGACAGCUUCGGGCGUCCAGUAUUACUUAAGCUUAGCAUUGUUAUGAGGAAUGAUAAUCUAGCUUAUGCCCUCGGUUUGAUAUUAAUUAUUAGCAUCACCGGACUAAUACAGCAAAGAGCGCUAAUAAUCUCAAUGUAGUUAAAGCAACCAAGCUCUAGAGAUUAGGGUUUCUACUAUUCUUGGAUGAUUCCACUCUCGAUCUACUCAUGCCAUAGAACACGCCUCUGCCUCAACGCACCAGUACUAAACUGAGUAUGAAG